CGCACAAGAGGAGAAAACACCUCUAAUUCAUAGUGACCACACAUCUGAGAUUUCAAACCCAUCAAAAAACUAUCAAACUAUUUCUGGUCAUUUCAAAGCAGCAAAUGAUGAAAAUGAGGAAGAAGUGUCAGUUGCAAUCAAAUCAUAUGGAGAAAAUACUUACACUGAAGGCCUUAUAACUGAUGAAACAAAUGCAAAACAUUGGGAAAAUACUAACAACGUUGGCGAUCACCCAAAUGGAUGGAAGGAGAGGGUACAACCAACGAUGCUGAUAGCAACAUUACAGCUCUGUCUUGAUGUAAAGAUGUUGUUGAUCAUACCCUUAUCAAUGCUAAAUGGAACAAUCGUCACUUUUAUAUUUGGAGAAUUUACCCAGGCCUAUGUUGCAUGCAGCCAAGGCAUCUGGAUGGUGGGUUACUUUGUCGUGGCUUUUGGUGUUGCAUUUGGCCUUAUCUCCAUGGUGAUAGGCAGGGUCAAGGCCAUUGGACGGCUAGCCGCUACUAUGAUAGG